AUCUCAACAUAACAAAAAAUUCAAGUAGGAAAACCUCAGCAUCACCGGUUCUCGGAUUUCCCCGCGUGACAUGAGAUCGCAUCCUAGGCCGAACCGCUAAAAUUUGGCGCGAGAACACCCCCACUUUCGUCCGGGGCCGCCACGCCUCUCAAUUUUCCCGCGCCCCACCUUUUCUUCUUCUACUUCCCAUAUCAAGGAUUAGGGUUAGGGUUUCGAUCCGGCCCACAGUGGACCGACGAGAGAUGUACGGCAGCCAGUUCGAUGGCGGAGCCUCCCUCUUCUCCGGCGGCGGCUUCAUGCCUUCGCAGGCCACCCAAACCCCCGAAUCUUCCUUCUCCAAGAGUCGCGGCGCUCAGGGUGUUCUUCCGCUCACCGUGAAGCAGAUCAGCGAAGCCUAUCAUUCCAACGAUGACAAGUCCAAUUUCGUCGUUGAUGGGGUUGACGCCUCCAAUGUGAGGCUACGGGGACUCGUGAUGAAUAAGGUGGAGAAGGUUACUGAUGUCACCUUCACACUUGAUGAUGGCACGGGUCGGAUUGAGGUUCACAGAUGGGUAAAUGAGACUUCAGAUACAAAUGAAAUGGCUCUUAUUCAGAAUGGAAUGUAUGUCACUAUUAAUGGUAGCUUGAAAGGGUUCCAAGGCAAAAAGCAUGUCGUGGCCUUCUCUGUUCGACCUGUGAUUGACUUCAAUGAAAUCACACUACACUUCAUUGAGUGCAUUCAUGUACAUUUGGAGAACACCAGACCAAAGGUACUGGGUGGUGUCUCUGCUCAAGUACAGGCCAAUCCAAUUUCAGGAACAGUAACUCCACGGACACCUGUCUCAAAUCAGUUUUCAUCACGUUCAAGCUCAAGUGGAUCUGAGACUGAUUUCUACAAAUUGGUCUUGGAUGUUUUCCAGGAACCAGCAAACCUUGCCCGUGAACAUGGAUUACAUGUGGAAGAAGUUGCCCGGCUACUGGGCUUACCAAUGGAAAAGAUCAAGGAUGCUAUUGAUUACCAUGUUGAUGUUGGCCAUAUUUAUUCUACAAUUGAUGACAACCACUACAAGUCCGCAUGCAAUGGCUAAUGUGCGCCUGAUCCAUGUUUGCAUUCUUUAAUACAAAAUUCACUGUCACAAUCCUGUUGCCUAGUGUAAGUUCAGCAGUAUGAAGAUAAUAUUUUGCCUUGCUGUUGUGUCAGAAAGAACCCAUCUCUCAAGAAUGUAUGGAUCGUGUAUAGACUUUGCCGAAGGGAGGAGACCCAAGUCUGCCAAGGUUGUAAUUCCUUGAGAUAGAUUAAUUUUGAAUAAAGCAAACUAACUUAUUAAUGCUGUGAACCCUUGUGCUUUUUGAUU